AUGUUGCCUGGGCAAAGAAAGGGGAAAUUGGGCAAGAAUGGAGUUGACUUAUUCUCUUACUGCAUGUCUUGCAAUUUUCGUUCUAUUCAUCUUCAGCAUUUUGCUAAGAAACCUAGCAUCUUGCGCAAAAAACCAACCCCAAGUCCACCUUCACUUCCUCUUAUAGGCCACCUCCAUCUUCUGAAAGAACCACUCAACCAGACUCUACAAUCACUUUCGGCUAAGUAUGGUGAAAUCUUGCUUCUCCGGCUAGGCGUCCGUAAGGCCCUUAUCGUCACCUCACCAUCAGCAGUCGAAGAAUGCUUCACCAAGAACGACAUCAUCUUUGCGAACCGCCCUCGAAGCCUUUCAUCAAAACACUUCAGUUACAACUACACCACCAUCAGCGUAGCCCCUUAUGGAGAUCAUUGGCGAAAUCUUCGCCGUUUAGCAGCAUUGGAGAUUUUCUCUCCAGCUCGUAUUGCUGUUUUCACAGGUACUCGAAAAACGGAACUGAUGCUGCUAUUAAGGGAACUGAUGCACAAGUGUAAUGAAGGUGGAGGAUCAACAAAAGUGGACUUGAAGUCUAAGUUUGUUGAGCUUGCUUUCAAUAUUCUUUCGAUGACUAUGGCUGGAAAGAGGUAUUAUGGAGAGAAUGUGGCGGACGCCGAGGAGGCGAGAAAGGCGAGGUUUUUGAUCAGGGAAAUGCUUGAGAAUAGUGGAAGGUCGAAUCUUGGGGAUUAUCUGCCUUUGUUGAGUGUGGGUGGAUUUUAA